AUUAUCAUAUUGUUGCCAUGGUGUUGCAAACUCUGGACAGGGAGCAGCAGCUCUCUGGGCUCUUGUUUAAGCUGCAUAAGUGAAGAUGAGAGUCGUUUCCACGAGGCGGCUUCGGAGUGACGACGAUGGCUCCAGAGAGGACGUAAAUAUGAGCUGCGAGACUGAGAAGGCGCUUAUCAUCUCUCAUCAGGAGCAAGGCCAUCAGAAUAACAAGCAGCUGCUCUCCCCUCUGCCUCAUCUUCAUCCAUCAUCUCCUGGCUCAGCCUGCCCUCCCUCUGAUCAGGCCUUUCUCCAGGCAGCGGCCAUCUUUCAGCAGCUUCGCAGGGAGAAGCCGGCGUCCCAUCAGCUCCUGCAGUAUGAGAGAAAGACGGACACGCUGCCACUCGACAGUGGAGAUGAGGCCACACAGAGGCAAGCCUACCAGCUCGCCUUCAACACGCUCAAAUACCAAGAUUUACUGGAGGCCAUGAUUACUGACAGCUGCUUCCACACAUCUCAGCACAUCUACAGUGACUUGUUGCCGUUGGCCAUGGUGAUGCUGUUUGACUUCCAGGACAGGAAGUUUCAGCUGCGUCAGCGUCCAGCUGAAGGAGAGCAGGAGGCCGUUCCUGAAGUCAGAGACCUGGAGAAAAGCCUCCAGAGGUGGAAGACCAAGCUGGCAGCAUCUCUGGCUUGCUUCAGGGUAAAACACAAUCUGCGGAGCGUCUCUCGUUUUCUGUCCGAUUCCCUCCGGGCCAAAGAGCACAGGGCCAAAUCUCUGCCGCUUUACGCGUGGGUCAACACUUUAAACACCAGUCUUGACGAGGCCUGUGAAGUGUUACGAAGCGCCGGCCUGAGCGAAGUAAAGAACGUGGCUGACCUCACGGGUUCAACGUUUUCCAAGGACCCCCUGUGUCCAGACACGCUCAUCUUCCCCCGCAGCCUGCGUACGCCUCUUCAGAGCAGCACCCUCACCAGCACACAUGUGCUGAACAUACAGGACAGGAGUGUGUGUGUGGCGGUGAGCGCCUUACAGCCCCUCCUGUUUGACAGAGGGGACGUCCUGGUGGCGGGCUCCUUCUCGGCCCUGACCGUGGCUCACGUGGCCGUUGCAGCUGCCGCUCGCUCGGGCCGAGUUCUGGUGUGCGCCGCUGACCACGCUCCUUCGCAGACAGACGAGAUGAAGGAGCUGCUCUCACGGAUGGAUGUCAAAAAUGUCAAAGUGCUGUCAGAAGGCUUCUGCGGCCUGGAUGAGUGGGACGCCGCUGUGCAGAGACUGAAGGUCAUCAUAGUGUUGCCUCAGUGUUCGUCCUCUGCCCUCAAUGACCCGGUCAUCGCCAUGCACAGUGAACACGGAGACUGGAAUCUGCUCCCUGACUUAUCCCACGGCUCUGUCUCCAAAAGCAAAAUAUUCUCUCUGACUACCCAGCAGGCCCGGCUGCUCGCCCACGCUCUGUCCUUUCCAAAGGUCCAGACAGUGGUCUACUGCACGCGCUCAGUGUGUCCCGAGGAAAACGAACAGCUGGUCGGAAGAGUGUUGGAGAAAACACAUACUCACCCCAAACUGCUGCCCUUCAGGGUGAACGGUCCGAUUUUCCCUGACGACACUGCGACAGGAGACGAAACGGACUCCGGGUUCUUCAGGCUUCAGCCUUCUCAGUUCACCAACGGCUGCUUCGUAGCCAGACUGUCGCGGCAGGCCGACCCCACUAAGGUAGAAACGGUUCAGGACGUGCUGGCGAGGGCGGCAGCCAAGGGUCUCCUGGGCGGCAUCUUUCCUGAACCAUCAAAAACUGGUAAAAAGGGCAAAAGCAGAAAGAAACGGGCCGCCUCCGCCACCAGCAAACCUCCGUCUCCAUCCAGCCAGGAGGAGCCUGAGGGACGGGAGGCUGGUGGCGGACGAGAUCCUGCUCCACCUUCAGAGCGCGGAGAGGAGAACGAGGAAGGGGACUUUAAGGGAGGCGAAGAAAACGCGGCUGGAAUGCGGGAUGAUAAGACCAAGGCAGAGAAGAAGAAAAAGCGAAAACCCAAAAGGAAUCAAAAACAGACCAAAGGUGAUACCGUAGGCCCGAAACAUCCGCCCAAAGGGCAAAAGAAGAAGGCAAAGAAGAAAGCAAACCAAUCUCAGCAGGCGAACAGCAAACCGAGGCGAAUCCCGCGUCUCACUCUGACGUUGAUGUCUGCCGAUAAACCCUCCAGGCACUUGUCUCCCAUCACGGCUCUCGCGCACAAGAUCAGCGGCAAACCGGCGAAGCUGCAGGAGGGCUCACCUGCUGUCCCGGAAAAACAUCUCCCCCACCCUCAGCCUGCGCCCUCCACUCCUCAGACAGUCUCUGAGAGGCAAAACCUCCCGCCUGACGGGGCAGAGGGGAUCCCAGAGAAGGAGGGGGUCCGUCCUGGGAGUGUGAAGAAAGCGCAGGGAGCGUCGAAGGCCGCAGAUCACGUCCUGCCGCCGAUUUCUUCCCCGCCGUCAGGGAGCAGCUCUGUGGGCCGGCCACGGUCUCUGACCUCCGGCCCUCAGUUAGCAUCAGCGUCCUCAGUUUCUCUGCACGGGUUAUAAAACGACAGACACACUGUGUAGCCUUCGUAACGCUGUACUCACUGGCCGAACCUGCAGUCAGGGAUAUCAGGAGUUUUUGUUUUUUUUCCUACAUGCAUGUAGG